AUGGCUACUCCCUUCCUUCCACAGCCGGGCUCGCCUCUGCUUCAACUUCCCGGAGAGCUCCGCAACAAGAUCCAUCGGAACGUCUUCAAGCAGGAGGGCCACAUCUUACUGGUACCAUCGACCGUCAUUCCGGGGCCGGUCAUGGUUUGCGCGAUUCCAGACAUUGAGUUGCUUAGUACCUGCCGCCAGUUUUACAACGAAGCCAGAAGUAUACUUUUCUCGGACAACACCUUCAUGCUAUCUACGCAAAUGGACGCUUUCACCGACGCUUCGACCCUGGGACUCCUUAGCAGGUGGAUGGCAGGUCUUGGUUCCAACCUCGAUUACGUGCGCAAAGUCGUCAUCGAUCUCGAGCCUCUUUGCCCGGGAUUAUGUCAGCCUGCCCAUGAUAGGAUCGACCUGAAACCUAUCAUGAUGAUGAUCUGGCGAUAUCAGGAUAUACUCACAAGCCAAGGCAAUCGACAGCGCGCGAAGAUUGAGGUGUCAUACGCGUUCUCGGGACGAGAUCUUCGUUCACAUGACCACUGGAGCACUCCAAUCCCGUACCCCAUCAACAAGUCCAAUCUCAAUGCGCUGAUUACACUGUUGACGCCUCAGCGUAGUCCGGAAAUGAGCCCCUAUCUACGAGCACCCCGGUCGCUUCACAGCAUCGAGGCCACAGUCGACGGUCUACAAGCCACGUUCAUCCUGAAAAAGUCUAGCCAUCAACGUCCCGAUGAUGCCGCCCUUCCAAUCAUUCCAUACGAUGUGGACAGCAACGGACAACUUAAAAGGAUGCAAUUCCUCCCUAGCCGGAUGCUCCGUCUUGCGAAUCUGCUUUACUCGACCUCGAUCAAGCAGAACCUCCUUGGUAUGCUUAUGGAGUCAAACGACCAUCAUUGUCUUACAUUCAACAUUGAGAGCCGAACAAUCUCACGCCGCCUACCCGAGUUAUUUUCGAUCAAUCGCCAGUUCCGAAGAAUUGCCCUCAAACAGUGGCAGCACAUAGAUGUCAUUGGAAAGAUGACGUCACGUAGCGCACAGGCUUCGUUCGAUGAUUUCGCAUCGAUGCAGGCUUGGUGUGCGGCUAGUGGACUAUUCUUCCCUGAUAAGUGGGAUGAGCGCCCUGAUAUUCCACCUACUCUGAAGAUGCGCUUUGAGCUACCGGAGCGAGAGGACUUUUCAUGUCUCCGGAUCUCGAUCACCAACAUUAUCAUGGCAACACUCGAACUCCCUGUGAACUCACGGCUGUGGGUUGAGCAGUUUAAUGGCGGCCUGCCCCUUCAAUACCAGACGGGAAAGCUGUACAGACUUCAACGGCAGAUGUUUGUCUUUCUCGCUGACGUACUGCACUUACACCCAGAUCGCAGUAACGAAGCCUGUCCCGACGUUAUCAUGGACGGCAAGUGUAUUAUCAAAGACAUCGAGUAUGAGCGGGAUGAUGGUAGUAAGUUUACAAUCAAGUACGAGAGGGCGGACGAGGACCUUGAAGAGAUGGAAGAGGACAUCGAAGACUGGAUCAGUCAUUUCAUCGAACAGGAAGAGGUGGAUAUAGCGGCUUACGUACCCACUAUCGCCUACCAAGAUGAUGACCCUUUCGGUAACAUCGUUGAGAAGUUCCGGUACGACUUGAGCGCGCCCCACCACCCUUCUUUGCGCGGAGUAAUUACAAAGCUGGCGUGCUUCCUAUACGGAGCUGAUGUAACUGGUGAGUACUGGGACUGA